AUGGCGGAUCAAGAGCUGAGAGCCUUGACAUCAAAAAACAAAGAACUGAAAGAAAGGAAAACAAUCCUGGAAGACCAGUGUAAUGCCCUGAGUUCUCACAAAACAGCUAAAGAAGCAGAAUUGAACCUGCUAAAGAAGAAAUUGGAUAUGGUGGUGGAGUUCUCUGAAAACCGAAAACUGACUGCAGAAGAGAAGCUAGAAGAGACACUGUAUAAAUUGAAUGCAACUAAGAAUGAGCUGUUAGCUGCCGAUAAAUAUCUGAAAGUAACUGAAGAAGAAAUGGAGAAGUACAAACAAGAAGUGGAAGAAAUGCGAGAAGAGCUGCAGGAGUCUAACCUCACCUUCAACCACAAGAUCGCAGUUCAAGAGAGGAAUGCUCUGGCUAACUGGAUGAAGGCUCAGUAUUGGGAAACAAGGAUGAUGCAGCAGAGCAGGGAGAACGCCUACCUGAAAUACAGAUUGCGCAUGAUGAAAGGGGAGAUGCUGCCUGUGGGAUCCAUGAGGCAUGAACUGAUGCCCGGAAGGCCUGAGUUGCAGAAGCCUGUGUGGCAAGCAUCUAGACUGGUUCCCAGGAUGAACAGCAGCACUAGCCCUCAAAGGGACCCAGAGAUGCAUAUGGUCGGUAGAGGUGUGAGAGAGUUCCCUCAUUGCCCAGGGCUCCUCCGUAUGCCCUACCACAUGGGGUGGAAUGUACCAGACUUCACUCCUCCUCAUCCACCUCCACAGUGGUGGACAUGGGUGCGUCGGCCACACCUUAUUCCUCCACCACAUGGCCUCCAGUCCCAAUCAGAAGCCUGUGGAGCUCAAGGCCACAAUAGCAGCACUGUGCCCGAGAAGGUCCCAGAGAAGAACCAAGUGAGAAUGAAAGAAAAAGUGGCAGAUGCCGGAGGCAGGUAUAGAGGGUUCAUUGGAAUGUUGCUCAGUCACUUCCAGGUGGAGAAGCCUUUGUCUUUUGCAUGGUGUGGGUCAGAUACAGAUGCUGGCGUGUCCUCCACAAGGACUAGUGGUGCUGCCCACAGGCCUCUCAUGGCAUGGCAGAGUGAAGGCUGUUAA